AUGUGUCAGGUUGUAGGCAUGUGUCUCAACAUGUGUCAGGUUGCAGGCAUGUGUCUCAACAUGUGUCAGGCUGCAGGCAUGUGUCUCACCAUGUCUCAGGCUGCAGGCAUGUGUCUCACCAUGUCUCAGGCUGCAGGCAUGUGUCUCAACAUGUGUCAGGUUGCAGGCAUGUGUCUCACCAUGUCUCAGGCUGCAGGCAUGUGUCUCAACAUGUGUCAGGUUGCAGGCAUGUGUCUCACCAUGUCUCAGGCUGCAGGCAUGUGUCUCAACAUGUGUCAGGUUGCAGGCAUGUGUCUCACCAUGUCUCAGGUUGCAGGCAUGUGUCUCACCAUGUCCCAGGUUGCAGGCAUGUGUCUCACCAUGUCUCAGGUUGCAGGCAUGUGUCUCACCAUGUGUCAGGAUGUAGUCACUUAG